CCAAUGGAAGACUGGACAACUACAGAACUGGGAAAGCUGAAGUCCAGCAGUUCUGACAACAAGGUGUCAAGCAGUUCUGACAACAAGGUGUCGAGCAGUUCUGACAACAAGGUGUCAAGCAGUUCUAAAAACAACGAGUCAAGCAGUUCUGACAACAACGAGUCAAGCAGUUCUGACAACAAGGAGUCAAGCAGUUCUGGCAAGGUGUCAAGCAGUUCUGACAAGCUGUCAAGCAGUUCUGACAAAACGAUGUCAAGCAGUUCUGACAACAAGGAGUCAAACAGUUCUGAAAAUAAUGUGUCAAUCAGUUCUGACAACAAGGUGUCAAGCUGUUCUGACAACAAGGAGUCAAGCAGUGCUGACAACAAGGUGUUAAGCAGUUCUGACAACAAGGAGUCAAGCAGUUCUGACAACAAAGAGUCAAACUGUUCUGACAAGGUGUCAAGCAGUUCUGACAAGGUGUCAAGCAGUGCUAAGGUGUCAUGCAGUGCUGACAACAUGAUGUCAAGCAGUUCUGACAACAAGGAGUCAAACAGUUCUGAAAAUAAUGUGUCAAUCAGUUCUGUCAACAAGGUGUCAAUCAGUUCUGACAACAAAGAGUCAAGCAGUUUUGACAACAAGGUGUCAUGCAGUUCUGACAACGAGUCAAUCAGUUCUGACAAUGAGUCAAGCAGUUCUGACAACAUGGAGUUGAGCAGUUCUGACAACAAGGUGUCAAGCAGUUCUGACAAGGUUUCAAGCAGUGCUGACAACAUGAUGUCAAGCAGUUCUGACAACAAGGAGUCAAAAAGUUCUGAAAAUAAUGUGUCAAUCAGUUCUGACAACAAGGUGUCAAUUAGUUCUGACAACAAAGAGUCAAGCAGUUCUGACAACAUGGUGUCAUGCAGUUCUGACAACGAGUCAAGCAUUUCUGACAACAACGAGUCAAGCAGUUCUGACAACAUGGAGUUGAGCAGUUCUGACAACAGGGUGUCAAGCAGUUCUGACAAGGUUUCAAGCAGUGCUGACAACAUGAUGUCAAGCAGUUCUGACAACAAGGAGUCGAGCAGUUCUGAAAACAAGGUGUCAAUCAGUUCUGACAAUAAGGUGUCCAGCAGUUCUGACAGUAAGGUGUCAUGCAUUUCUGACAACAAGGAGUCAAGCAAUUCUGACAACAACAAGUCAAGCAGUUCUGACAAUAAGAUGUCCAGCAGUUCUGACAACAAGAUGUCCAGCAGUUCUGACCACAAGGUGUCCAGCAGUUCUGACAUCAAGGUGUCCAGCAGCUCUAACAACAAGGUGUUAAGCAGAUUUUCCAACAAGAUGUCCAGCAGUUCUGACCACAAGGUGUCCAGCAGUUCUGACAUCAAGGUGUCCAGCAGCUCUAACAACAAGGUGUUAAGCAGAUUUUCCAACAAGAAGUCAAGCAGCUCUGACAACGCGUCAAGCAGUUCUGACAACAACGAGUCAAGCAGUUCUGACAACAAGGAGUCGAGCAGUUCUGACAACAAGGAGUCAAGCAGUUCUGACAAAAACGAGUCAAGCAGUUCUGACAACGAGUCAAACAGUUCUGACAACAAGGAGUCGAGUAGUUCUGACAACAAGGUGUCAAGCAGUUCUGACAAAAAUGAGUCAAGCAGUUCUGACAACGAGUCAAACAGUUUUGACAACGAGUCAAGCAGUUCUGACAACAACGAGUCAAGCAGUGCUGACAACAAGGAGUCAAGCAGUGUUGACCACAUGAUGUCAAGCAGUUCUGACAACAAGGUGUCAAGCAGUUCUGACAACAAUGAGUCAAGCAGUUCCGACAACAAGGUGUCCAGCAGUUCAGACAACAACGAGUCAAGCAGUUCUGACAACAAUGAGUCAAGCAGUUCUGACAAGGUGUCAAGCAGUUCUGACAAGGUGUCAAGCAAUGCUAAGGUGUCUAGCAGUGCUGACAAAACGAUGUCAAGCAGUUCUGACAACAAGGAGUCAAACAGUUCUGAAAAUAAUGUGUCAAUCAGUUCUGACAAUAAGGUGUCCAGCAGUUCUGACAGUAAGGUGUCAUGCAUUUCUGACAACAAGGAGUCAAGCAAUUCUGACAACAACAAGUCAAGCAGUUCUGACAAUAAGAUGUCCAGCAGUUCUGACAACAAGAUGUCCAGCAGUUCUGACCACAAGGUGUCCAGCAGUUCUGACAUCAAGGUGUCCAGCAGCUCUAACAACAAGGUGUUAAGCAGAUUUUCCAACAAGAUGUCCAGCAGUUCUGACCACAAGGUGUCCAGCAGUUCUGACAUCAAGGUGUCCAGCAGCUCUAACAACAAGGUGUUAAGCAGAUUUUCCAACAAGAAGUCAAGCAGCUCUGACAACGAGUCAAGCAGUUUUGACAACAACGAGUCAAGCAGUGCUGACAACAAGGAGUCAAGCAGUGUUGACCACAUGAUGUCAAGCAGUUCUGACAACAAUGAGUCAAGCAGUUCUGACAAGGUGUCAAGCAGUUCUGACAAGGUGUCAAGCAAUGCUAAGGUGUCAAGCAGUGCUGACAAAAAGAUGUCAAGCAGUUCUGACAACAAGGAGUCAAGCUGUUCUGACAAAAACGAGUCAUGCAGUUCUGACAACAAGGAGUCAAACAGUUCUGGCAACAACGAGUCAAGCAGUUCUUACAACAAGUUGUCCAGCAGUUCUGACAACAAGGAGUCAAGCAGUUCUGACAACAAGGUGUCAAGCAGUUCUGUCAAAAACGAGUCAAGCAGUUCUCACAACAACGAGUCAAACAGUUCUGACAACGAGUCAAGCAGUUCUGACAACAAGGAGUCAAGCAGUGCUGACAGCAAGGAGUCAAGCAGUGUUGACAACACGAUGUCAAGCAGUUCUGACAACAUGCUGUCAAGCAGUUCUGACAACAAUGAGUCAAGCAGUUCCGACAACAAGGUGUCCAGCAGUUCAGACAACAACGAGUCAAGCAGUUCUGACAACAAAGAGUCAAGCAGUUCUGACAAGGUGUCAAGCAGUUCUGACAAGGUGUCAAGCAAUGCUAAGGUGUCAAGCAGUGCUGACAAAACGAUGUCAAGCAGUUCUGACAACAAAGAGUCAAACAGUUCUGAAAAUAAUGUGUCAAUCAGUUCUAACAACAAGGUGUCAAGCAGUUCUGACAACAACGAGUCAAGCAGUUUUGACAACAAGGUGUCCAGCAGUUCUGACCACAAGGUGUCCAGCAGUUCUGACAACAAGGAGUCAAACAGUUCUGAAAAUAAUAUGUCAAUCAGUUCUAACAACAAGGUGUCAAGCAGUUCUGACAACAACGAGUCAAGCAGUUCUGACAACAAGGUGUCAAGCAGUUCUGAUCACAAGGUGUCCAGCAGUUCUGACAUCAAGGUGUCCAGCAGCUUUGACAACAAGGUGUCGGGCAGUUUUUCCAACAAGAAGUCAAGCAGCUUUGACAAAAACGAGUCAAGCAGUUCUGACAACAAGGAGUCAAGCAGUUCUGACAACAAGCUGUCAAGCAGUUCUGACAACAACGAGUCAAGCAGUGCUGACAACAAGGAGUCAAGCAGUGUUGACCAUAUGAAGUCAAGCAGUUCUGACAACAAGGUGUCCAGCAGUUCAGACAACAACAAGUCAAGCAGUUCUGACAACAAUGAGUCAAACAGUUCUGACAAGGUGUCAAGCAGUUCUGACAAGGUGUCAAGCAAUGCUAAGGUUUCAAGCAGUAUUGACAAAACGAUGUCAAGCAGUUCUGACAACAAGGAGUCAAACAGUUCUGAAAAUAAUGUGUCAAUCAGUUCUAACAACAAGGUGUCAAGCAGUUCUGACAACAACGAGUCAAGCAGUUCUGACAACAAGGUGUCCAGCAGUUCUGACCACAAGGUGUCCAGCAGUUCUGACAUCAAGGUGUCCAGCAGCUUUGACAACAAGGUGUCAAGCAGUUUUUCCAACAAGAAGUCAAGCAGCUCUGACAAUAACGAGUCAAGCAGUUCUCACAACAAAGAGUCAAGCAUUUCUGACAACAAGGAGUCAAGCAGUUCUGACAACAAGCUGUCAAGCAGUUCUGACAACAACGAGUCAUGCAGUUCUGACAACAAAGAGUCAAGCAGUCCUGACAAGGUGUCAAGCAGUUCUGACAAGGUGUCAAGCAGUGCUAAGGUGUCAAGCAGUGCUGACAACAUGAUGUCAAGCAGUUCUGACAACAAGGAGUCAAACAGUUCUGAAAAUAAUGUGUCAAUCAGUUCUGACAACAAGGUGUCAAUCAGUUCUGACAACAAAGAGUCAAGCAGUUCUGACAACAAGGUGUCAUUCAGUUCUGACAACGAGUCAAGCAGUUCUGACAACAACGAGUCAAGCAGUUCUGACAACAUGGAGUUGAGCAGUUCUGUAAACAAGGUGUCAAGCAGUUCUGACAAGGUUUCAAGCAGUGCUGAAAACAUGAUGUCAAGCAGUUCUGACAACAAGGAGUCGAGCAGUUCUGAAAACAAGGUGUCAAUCAGUUAUGACAAUAAGGUGUCGAGCAGUUCUGACAUCAAGGAGACAAGCAAUUCUGACAACAAGAAGUCAAGCAGUCCUUACAACACUGUGUCCAGCAGUUCUGACAACAAGGUGUCCAGCAGUUUUGACAGCAAGGUGUCAGGCAGUUCUGACAACAAGGAGUCCGGCAGUUCUGACAACAACGAGUCAAACAAUUCUGACAACAAGGUGUCUAGCAGUUCUGACAAGAUGUCCAGCAGUUCUGAUAGCAAGGUGUCAAGCAGUUUUUCCAACAAGAAGUCCAGCAAUUCUGACAGCAAGGUGUCCAGCAGUUCUGCAAACAAGAAGUCAAGCUGUUCUGACAACAAGGUGUCCAGCAGUUCUGGUGACAAAGAAUCAAGCAGUUUUGACAACAAGGAGUCAAGCAGUUCUGACAGCAAGGUAUCCAGCAGUUCUGCCAACAAGACGUCAAUCAGUUCUGACAACAAGGUGUCCAGAAGUUCUUUUGACAAAGAGUCAAGCAGUUCUGACAAAAAGAAGUCAAGCAGUUCUGACUACAAGGUUUCCAGCAGUUCUGACCACAAGGUGUCCAGCAGUUAUGACAUCAAGAUGUCCAGCAGCUCUGACAACAAGGUGUCAUGCAGAUUUUCCAACAAGAAGUCGAGCAGCUCUGACAACAACGAGUCAAGCAGUCCUGACAACGAGUCAAGCAGUUCUGACAACAAGGAGUCUAGAAGUUCUGACAACAAGGUGUCAAGCAGUUCUGACAAAAACGAGUCAAGCAGUUCUGACAACGAGUCAAGCAGUUCUGACAACGAGUCUAGCAGUUAUGACAACAAUAUCUCAAGCAGUUCUGACAACAAGCAGUCGAGCAGUUCUGACAAGAAGGUGUCAAGCAGUUCUGACAGGCUUUCAAGCAGUGCUGACAACAUGAUGUCAAGCAGUUCUGACAACAAGGUGUCUAGCAGUUCUGACAACAAGGUGUCAAGCAGUUCUGACAAAAACGAGUCAAGCAGUUCUGACAACAACAUGUCCUGCAGUUCUGAUAGCAUCGAGUCAAGCAGUUCUAAAAACGAGUCAAGCAGUUCUGACAACAAAGAGCCAAUCAGUUCUGACAACAACGAGUCCAGCAGUUCUGACAGCAAAGUGUCAAGCAGUUCUAACAACAAAGAGUCGAGCAGUUCUGACAAUAUGUUGUCAAGCAGUUCUGACAAUGUGUCAAGCAGUGCUGACAACAUGAUGUCAAACGAUUCUGACAACAAUGAGUCAAGCAGUUCUGACAACAAGGAGCGAAGCAGUUCUGACAACAAGGAGUCAAGCAGUUCUGACAACAAGGUUUCCAGCAGUUCUGACAACAAAGUGUUACACAGUUCUGACAACAAGUUUUCCUGCAGUUCUGACAACAAGGAGUCAAGCAGUUCUGAAAACAAGUUUUCCUGCAGUUCUGACAUCAAGGUGUCCAGCAGUUCUUUCAUCAAGGUGUCCAGCAGUUCUGACAACAAGGUGUCCAGCAGUUCUGACAACAAGGUGUCCAGCAGUUCUGACAACAAGGUGUCUGACAUCAAGGAGAAGUCACCUCAGGGUGAUGAUAAUUAUAGUGAACAUAUGUAA